CAACUAUUCCACAUCAUGUCCUGUUGUGUUUGACAUCAAAACGUCACGUCAUUUAACGAAACUUCAAAAGUGACGUUUUGUGGUUUUGUGUGUGAAACAUAAACAUGUGAAAUUUCGUCCUCUUCAAAACGAAUAAUAAUUUGAUUAUUUCGAGUAAUAUUUCAAAAAUAUUUCCGUUAAAUAAUGCGUCAUUAAAUCGACAACAAUGAAGAAACUCACUGGGUCCUUUCGGUACACACAAUGGGAUCCCUGGCUAAUUAUUUUCCAAAUAGUUUCUGUGCAGUGUAUUCUUUAUGUUACGUUAGGACUAGUUCUCACUUUGUUAGGAGUUUUAAUAGGAGAUUCCCGGACGUUAGAUCAUAUAUUUGAAUAUCAUGAGAUACAUGUUCGAGACAACGGGGGUCGAAUGGUAAUAUCUGCAUUUGUCAUAAACUCUCUUAUUGGGGCAGCAGUUCUGUGGCACAUAGUAGAAAGAACCAAACAGUGCAUGGACUUUAGUUGUACCUGGCAUUUGAUUCACUUAAUAAUAUGCUGGUUUUACAAUGGUAAUUUUCCUAUAUCAUUCUCAUGGUGGGCCCUGAAUGUGGCCUGUGCAACAUUAAUGUGUGUCUGUGCAGAGUUCUUCUGUUUGAGGACAGAAUUAGCUGCAAUACCUCUAUCUUUAGGACCUAAAACUGAUCUAUAAUUUGUUGUGGUAAUUGUUGACCUGAUUAAUUUACCAAAGAACAAUUAUUUUGUUGCAACCAACAGAAAGGCAAUAUAAUAUAUUUUAAUAAUAUCACAAACUGACUGUAUUUUGAGCUAAUGUAAUAUUGAAGUUUCUAAGUUGUUAUUUACUAAUAUGUUGUAUGUCUUCAAUUUAUUAAAUGAUUUAGAUCAGAACAUUUACAAGGACAAAGAAUUUGAAAAUCAAGAAAUUUUGAAGUAUGUAGAUACAGUUAAGAAAAUUAUGCAUCUAUAUAUUUCAUGAUUAAAAACUGAUGCAGCUCAUAUUUUUUGUUUGUUUAAACCAACAUCAAAUACUGUAAUGUGAUACUGUAUUAAUAUUGUUAAUAUUUUGUAAGAUAGAUUGUAUAUAAAGACAUAAUAAAGUGCCAAUAUAUCAACUUUUUAAAAGAA